AUGGAGAGCACUGGCAGCUCUCCAGCCUCGUCGGAUGCCCAUGGGGGCAGCAUAAGCCACGACUAUGAUAUGGAGUCAGCGAAUGCGACACCCAACUCGCUCUUCACUGGUACUGCUGAGAGCGACAUGCCCCAUGACUCGAAUCCUGCAUCUCCAAGACAUGUUGUGUCGCUGCCGACUCGCUCGUUUGCACCGCCCACUCGACGUGCUUUGCCUCACCGCGACGUGUCAGAAGAGAACAUAGUCGACGCAUAUGCCGCCUUCAUUCUGUACUGUAAUCCGUAUUUCCCGCUGGACAUCGAUACUUCUGAUUUGAGACGCAUCUUCCAAACACCACCUCGUAGCGAUGGCAAAGAUUUCAGUAUAUUCACGUUGUGGGGACUUGUACAAAGAUUUGACAGCAAAGACAUCAAAACAUGGACACAACUAGCCCUAGAGCUGGGUGUCGAGCCUCCAUCAGCAGAGAGAGGUGGUAGUGUCCAAAAGGUACAGCAGUACUCUGUCAGACUGAAGGUCCGUGUUAUAUUUUCCUCGUGCCCAAGUGUUUCACUCCGACUCACAGCCGUUCUANNGCGCUGGAUGCGUGCAAUGCAUGUCGACGCCUUCUUCGAGUAUCUGCUUGGCAAGAAGCAUAGUUACUACCUGGAUUUGCCUCCACCUCACGACCCUCACCCUUCUAGAGGUCGAGACGGUGUGCCCGCUGACGAAGAUCUUGCCAUCAGAGCAUUAGAUCCCUCCUUCCGUCCCAAGAGGGGUCGAAAGAGAAACGAGACGCCCGAGAAAGACCCGGCUCCUCCAAAGAAGCCGCUACUCACGACAUCCUUCUCUUACGAAGGUAGAGUACUCUAUGCUCAGCCGCAGGCAUCUUACACUGCAUCUGCAAUUCCGCUCAGUGCCAGACCUGUGGAAAACUUUGCAAACGACAUGUGGACACCUACCAAUGCGACAUCAAGGCGACCAAUUCCGCAUUCUGCGAUAGCUGCUCGACCGCCGCAACAUCUUCAAUGGCAGGUUGGUGGAUCCAACGACACGGCCACAACCCCUCAUCCCAUGUCAGCUCUCGAGCCCAGAGCACCGGGCCUGCCAACAUAUGACGAGCCGAUGUCGGCCAUUACUCCAGGAUCUUCUCGUGGCCGCUCACGCAANAAGCAUGGCCCUGCAGUGUCUUCUGCCUGGACGAACGCCACAGCGACAAACGCAAAAGCUCGAGGCAGGCCCCCAGGUAAUCGAUCAGUUCAGGAUGGCCCAUACACCACAUUUCCAGCGGACCCGAACGCUGAGAGGUCAGCGUCGAGAAGCACUCCAGCUGUAUCCUUGAUGCCGUACGAUACUGAAUCGCAUUUGCUCCGUCCCAAUGCCUACACAAAGCCACUGCACAAACCUGUAUUCAUGAUGUCCAACCCGGUUGACGACGCUACCCCACCGCGUCGACCCGAGCGUGGCCGUCUAUCCUUGCAAGUGCCCGAGAAUACUGGUGGACCAGUCCAACCUGCUACACCAUCAGUGCCUACGAACGAAGACUUUGGUCAGGCGUCAGAAGAUCGCAUGCCCAUGGACACCGAGCCCACAGCCUCUGUCUGGCCGGAACCACAGAUCCGGCCUGCUUCACAGACACCCGCCGCUCGUCAGAAUCAGAACCCCGAGCCUGAAGUGGGCCUUGCAUACGAGGCGCUCAAGCGAGUUCUCGCUGCCGACCUCCUCCGUGCAGACUUCUCCGGCAGAUCAAGCAGAUUGUUGGGACCAGAAGCGAUGCGUUUGUCUGAUGCAAUCCUUCAGCGUUUCGGCAUACCCAAGGCAGAUUCUGAUGACAAGAGAGACGAUGCUCUUCGUAUCGCGGCGACGAGCUGGCUUGGUGUGUCACGACAACUCGGCUUUCAAUCUGCAAUCCCAUGCAACGAGAAGGAAAUUGUGCUGCAGAGGUUCGCAAUACGAGAUAAUGGCCUUGAGGAACGCAUCGGUCCAGACGAACACGCAGCCAGAGUCAAGGAGAAGUUUGACAUCAGUUGGUCUGCUGGGUUUGGAGGAGUAGGUGGAAAGUUUUGCGCUGUCGGACUCGAGAUUGAACAGGCAGCGAUGGAUCCAGAUGAUGCAGAAGAUCGAGCGCACGAGAUGAUCAAGGAGGUUGCCAGCAUGAAGGAGUCCGAGAUUGACUACAAGGCAAAGUACAUGGCGCUGGAUUUUACAGUCAGGCUCAUGAAGGGUCAACUGAAUAGAUUGCAAGACAAAGUGCUGGACGCUUUGUUGUGA